AUGGAGCAGGAGCGCACCGAUUGUCCACCGAGAGGACGGCGCCGCGGCCGCCUUAAUGAGGUGUCACGCCAGCUGCUCCGAGCACAGGCCAGACAACUGCACGGGAGCUCUGCUUCUGACAGCCGGAUCCGUGCAGCAGCUGUAGCGAGUUUUCUGCUCGUCGCUUUGCUGCCAGGCACAGAGUGCGACAGUAGCUACUGCGACAUCUGCAGCGAUCACACGCUGUGUAUCUACCAGGGUUAUGGAAGCGCCUGCCACAAGGUGGUACACAGCGGCACCACAGAAGCAGACGCCACGUCCGUCGUGGGAGCUCACAACAGACUCCGCGACAGGGUGGCGGCCGGCAGAGAGCGCCGCGGCAGACCUGGGCCCCAGCCACCGGCCGCCGACAUGGACGUUCUGGUGUGGGACGAUGAAUUGGCAAGGAUUGCCCAGCGGUGGGCUGACCAGUGCACGUUUGAUCAUGACUCUUGCAGGGAUGUUGAAAGGUUUAAAGUUGGUCAAAACGUCUAUCUCUCCAGCACCACAGGACCAAUAAGAGGAGCUGAGUGGUCGACAGUGGUUCAAGCUUGGUAUGAUGAGGUCAGAGCUUUCAGCAAAAACAAUGUCAAGAAAUAUCAGUAA